AUGUCCAUCAAGUUCGCGCUGAUGGUCGAGGUCCAGAAAACACUGACCGGCUACCGCUUCAAGCUUCAGUAUAAUAACCGCGCUUUGAGCAAUAAUGGGCAGGCUGAUGAGGUAGGCGAGCACUUUAAUGCAAUUCUAAAUUCGAUGGGAGAGGCGAAGAUGAAGACAGGGCUUUUGGUAGACUCGCCGCUGAAAGGUCUAUGGGAACUGUAA